GUCGUCAUCGGCGUCGCCAUCACGAGGGGUUUCAGCGUUUAUCGAAUAUGGCGGAUCCGGAAGGGGAGUCGUUGGAGUCUUGGCUCAAUAAAGCCACCAACCCCUCCAACAGGCAGGAGGAUUGGGAGUACAUUAUAGGAUUCUGUGAUCAGAUCAAUAAAGAAUUAGAAGGUCCACAGAUAGCGGUCAGGUUGCUAGCUCAUAAAAUCCAGUCUCCUCAAGAAUGGGAAGCAAUACAAGCCUUGACAGUAAGUAACUGCGAACUUAAAAAUGAGCUUAAUUUUCUGUCAGAUGCUCCCGGCUUAAAGUGUAUCUCGCUUUUUCAGGUUUUAGAAGCCUGCAUGAAAAACUGUGGGAGAAGGUUUUAUAAUGAAGUUGGAAAAUUUAGAUUUUUAAAUGAGUUAAUAAAAGUUGUCUCGCCUAAGUAUCUAGGUGACAGAGUAUCAGAGAAGGUGAAGAUAAAGAUCAUUGAGAUGCUGUAUAGCUGGGCUGUAGCUCUGCCUGAUGAAACCAAAAUAAAUGAAGCCUAUCAGAUGCUGAAGAGACAAGGUAUCGUCACCACAGAUCCAGAAAUUCCUGUGGACAAAACUCUGAUCCCAUCUCCCCCUGUUCGUCCCAAGAACCCUAUAUUUGAGAACGAAGAGAAAAGCAAGUUGCUUGCGGAGCUUCUGAAGAGCAAGAACCCAGAGGACCUGCAGGAGGCCAACCGACUCAUCAAGAACAUGGUGAAGGAGGAUGAGGCCCGUAUGCAGAAGGUGACAAAGCGUAUGAACACCCUGGAGGAGGUCAACAACAACGUGAAGCUCCUCAAUGAGAUGCUGUCCCAUUUCAACAGAGAGGAGUCCUCUGAUGGAGACAAGGAGCUCAUCAAGGAGCUUUAUGACCGGUGCGACAAGCUACGGCGUACUGUCUUCAAGCUGGCCACUGAGACAGAAGACAAUGACAACAGCUUGGGAGACAUCCUGCAGGCAAGUGAUGAUCUGUCCAGGGUCAUCAACUCCUACAAGAAGACCGUGGAGGGACAGUCUGUUAAUGGAGAGACUGAUGUUCUGGUGACAGCACUCACACAAAGUACCAGAGGCCACAACCCUACAGAGACGCUGAUUGACUUGGCUGGCCUCGACAUUCCCACCCCCUCCCCCCCAGAGUCCGUUCCAGAUCCCACAGCAGCCAAUCAACCGCCGGCACCAUCCAUUCCAGUGCUGCCCCCUCCCCCGUGCAAGCCGACCGCAUCGCAAGGUUGCCCUGUCAGCCAGACGGAGAGCCCCAGACAGCCCUCCAGCGGCCAGCCCUCCACAGCUCUCUCCCUGCUUGAUGAAGAGCUGCUGUCCUUAGGUCUGAAUGAUCCAGUUCCUACUUUGAAUAGCCAGACCAGUGUGCAGAAUGAAGAGGAACUGAACAGUGUAUCCAAGCCAUCGCAGGCACCCAGUUCAGGGCUGGAUUUCUUUGGGGGCGGUCCUCUUCCAGGACUCAUGUUCCCCAACAUGCAAGGGUCCAUGGGCCCCAGCCAGAGGACACCUGUAUGUUACCCAGAAACCCCUAGGACCUCCUCCUUCCCUUUCCCCAGCACAGUGCAGUCCAGCUCAGCCUCCCUCAACCAAGGUCUACAAGACCUUGCCAUGCUGGACCUUGGCGACCCAAAGAGCAGCAUUCCGGGCCCGCUGAACUCGGCCCCUGUGUUUGGGCCAGUUUCCAGCGCUGGACUUCCUCACCCCCCAAUGCCUGGCUUACCCAUGUCCAGCCCCAAAGCCUCCGCCCUGGCCCAGACGGUCAGCUCCACCCCGGGAAGCCCGCUGUUCCGCUCGCUCUCGCCGAUCCUCCCCCCCAGCCAGGGGAGUCCGGCAAAGGGCCCGGAGGUGUCUCUCGCCAAUGUGCACGUCCCCUUAGAGUCUAUUAAACCCAGCAUAGUGCUCCCCGUGACGGCGUACGACAAGGACGGCGUCCGCGUGCUCCUGCAUUUCGCCACCGAGUGCCCCCCAGGCCGCCCCGACGUGCUGGUGCUGGUGGUGUCCAUGCUGAACACGGCGCCACUCCCGGUCCACAGCGUCGUCCUGCAGGCUGCAGUGCCCAAGUCAAUGAAGGUGAAGCUGCAGCCCCCCACCGGGACGGAGCUGGCCCCCUUUAACCCCAUCCUGCCCCCAGCUUCCAUCACUCAAGUGAUGUUGCUGGCGAAUCCGUUGAAGGAGAAAGUCCGUCUGCGCUACAAGCUUAUGUUUACACUUGGGGAUCGGCAGUGCACAGAGGUGGGGGAGGUAGACCAGUUCCCCCCAGUGGAAAAAUGGGGGAACCUCUAGUCCCCCGGAAGGAGUCGAAAGGCAGAGCGGAGAAGGCUUGACUGAGUUUGCCAGAGUGUACGGGCCCUGAGCAGGUCGUUGGUUUAGGAUGUUUAAUCGUAGUAGAGAAGUGCUGUUAACAUUAUGCCAACCGUUAUAGUUUCGUCUGGUGUAAUGUUUUAUUUAGCUGUUUUUAUUUUUUCCUUGCAGUUUGUGUAGCUGUUUGGGUCCUUAACUGCUGAGCUUGGGAUACGGCGAGAGAUUGCACUUUAAGGAUACGUUCAAAGAAACAUUUUGUGAAGGAGGGGUCCAGGCGUGCGUGUCUUCGGGUACAUCUGGGGAGCAGCCAGUGGUUAGGGAUUAACUUCAGGCCGUCAAGAAACUGUUUGCCUAGCGUGCGGUAAAGACAUGAAGAAGCCAGAAGACUAAGUGGGGCGGGGGAGGGGUCACCGCUCAGCAGAUCGUUACCUCGGGGGAAAAGCGUGGCUGGUGAGAGGUGCCUCUUCUCCAGUGGAGUCUGUCUUCAAUACCUCAUCGAUUCAUCAGGCACAUGAGAAGGGGGCAGUCCAACUCACCGGAUUCACCGGACCACAUGGCACCACUUUUUUUCAUUUGUUUGAUUGAUUGAUUGAUUGAUUGUUUGUUUGUUUUUGUGCAUUCGUUUGGUACUUCCACAGGAGCCUUGCCAGUGACCGUUGCCAUUUCAGACCGUGCAGAGAUGUUGCAUAUCGAAAGUGUUUGAUGUCUGGGGUCUCAACGGCCAACCUUUUGUUCAGGGUCAUUUUUUGAGUGUCUGUCAUUAUGGAUAGUAAGCUUUUUUUCCUCACAUUUUGAAUAUUUUGCUUACAGCGUCGUUGCUGGUACUCGAAAGCAAAGGGUCUUUCAGGAACGUGGUGCAACCAGCUGGAUUAGCAACAGGCCGCUAAUGCAUGACAGAAGAAGGCCUCUGCAGUGUUUUCAUUAGCCGAUGCUUUCUGUUGUACUUAUUUAUGCUGUCUGACAAAACCCUUAUUCAGGUGUUAUGGUUUGUAAUCCCCCCCCCCCCAAAUAUGUUGAUCUCUCCCCUUCAAGGCCCCUCCAUCCUUUGUGACUUUGACUGUUGGUAACCUGUACCAGUAUUGCUUUUUUAUUAUUUUGGGGGGGGGGGUGGGGACUGAUAUUCUGAUAUGAAAUGUGCUCUCAUGUAUAUUGUUGAGAGGUAAUGUUAAUGGGCUCAGUUGGAGGUUGACUGCAGCCUUGUGUAUGCAGAAUAUGGUGUCGUAGCUGUGGGGGCCUUUUGAUUGGCUACCCCUAAUGUACAUCUCCUGGUACACUCCCAUCUUUCUGCUAAAGCCCUUUUCCUUUUCAGCACUGUGAACAGUUUCCAAUGGGGAGAAAAAAAAACGCUCUGAACGGUUAUGUACAUUGUUGUAUUUAUUGUCCUUUUAUGGGUUAGAGUCAACAUACGUGUAUCGUGUGGCUAACAGAACUUGUAUAUAUAUCAUUGUGGGAAACGUUCAGUUGCAUGAAGAAUUAAAGUCUUCAUUUUAA